AUGUGGACUGACGAGAGCACAUUCACGCGUAACGGAAUAUGGAAUCGGCAGAACUUACGAUACUGGAGUCAAGAAAAUCCGCAACUGUGUCGAGAGUCUAUGCACCAAUAUAGAUUUGCCGUUAAUGUUUGGGCUGGAAUACACGGAGAUCAAAUAAUUGGUCCCGUGUUUAUCGAAGGCAACCUUAAUGGGCCUAAAUUUUUGGAACUACUUGACGACACAGUGGCGGAUUACGUUGAUGGACUAUCGUUGGGGGCCAAUAGCCGGUUAUGGUACCAGCUUGAUGGAGCACCUGCUCAUUCAGUGGUGGCUGCCAGGCAGCGCCUCACUGAGAUGUUCGGAGAGAACUGGAUUGGCAGAUACGGACCUUCUCGGUGGCCAGCACGGUCUCCGGAUCUAACACCGUUAGAUUUCUUUUUAUGGGGUUACAUAAAAAAUGAGGUGUACUCUACUGAAGUAACGACUGUCGAGGACUUAAAAAUAAGAAUAAUGCGGGCUUUCGACAAAAUAAAAAAUUUUGCAGCCAAUGGUGCCCUCUUUCGAAAAGUCCGAAAUAAUAUCAUGCGACGAUGUCAAUUAUGUAUUCGGGUACACGGCGGACAUUUUGAAAAUUUAAAAAUUUGA